AUGACGCUACCAUUGAUAAUUGUUGAAAUUGAAUGUGCAAGUCAGAAGAAAAAUCCAUAUGGAGUGACAAAUUCCAUGCGUACCACAGCAGUUCCGCCAAUGAUGCAAGGGCCAUUACCACCCGUACAACCGGUAUAUGCCAAGAACCCGCAAUACACAGCCGCACAAAGUUUGCAGUCUGGUACACCAGAUUUAAUGCCGUCCACCGAACCUAAAGAGAAUCAAAUGAAAAAUGCAUCAAAAGAGAAUAAAGAAGAAGUGACGGCAGGAAAAGAGAAAGAUGAUGGUGGUGGUGAUGGCGGUGGUGAUGGC